AUGUGCAGCAACGAAAGUUCAACGAAUCCUUUACCGAAGUUGCCCAUUCCGUUUACUUUCGAGGCCAACGGAGCUCCGAGAGCACUAUUUCCUAUAGACCAAUACCGUCUGCAGCUCUACCAGUACGCAGUCGCUGAGCGCUUGAGGUACCCACUUCUCAACCCAUUCCCGUCCACUUUGACUUGUUACCCCCUGUUCCCAAGAGCGCUACAGCCCGAGGAACCCAAACCACAGCACAGCUACAUCGGGCUCAUCGCAAUGGCGAUUCUCAGCUCACCAGAAGCCAAGCUAGUGCUCUCAGACAUAUACCAGCACAUACUCGAUCACUAUCCGUACUUCAGGACGCGAGGGCCAGGCUGGAGAAAUUCCAUAAGGCACAACCUCUCCCUGAACGACUGUUUCAUAAAGGCCGGGCGUAGUGCCAACGGUAAGGGACAUUACUGGGCCGUCCAUCCAGCUAACGUGGAUGAUUUCCGGAAGGGUGACUUCCGGAGGCGUAAAGCCCAAAGGAAAGUGAGGAAGCACAUGGGGUUAGCUGUGGACGAGGAUGGAGCAGAUUCUCCUAGCCCUCCUCCUUUAUCUGUGAGUCCGCCAGUGUUACCAGGCCCUUCGACCUCCGUAUAUCCCAUGGUGACGAGCACGAGGAACCCUCUACCACCUACUAGAAAGCGGCAGUUUGACGUGGCGUCACUUCUAGCUCCGGAUUCUGGGGAGGAAACGAACGAAGAAGACAUCGAUGUCGUUACAAGUGAUCAGCAAGAGAAGUCUGAGAACAAACACCAAUGGCCAAUGUUUCCGAUCGCUGACUAUUAUCAAGCGCUUCUCCAGACACGACCAGUAGCCCAACUGAAACCGGAGACAAGUACAGAUAGUACACCCAGUUCGUAA